AUGGAGCAAAUUUGUACAAGGUGUGCGAGACUCAGUCUCCAGUCACGCCCUAGGAGCACAACAAUCUCCCUGCUCGGCAACACCAGAGGAUUUUCCACCUCUAGGAUUCUCUUUGCUGCUGAUGGUGACCAGAAGCCCUCGGGAGGUCCUCCUAAAAAAACUACACCUGGUAAUUCUCCUAACUCCGGCUCAAACGUUAUUAUUCGAAAGUCGACAGGCCGACCUGCCCCUGCUGGAGCCGCUGCUGCUCGACGACCCGCGCCUGGUCCGAUCCUACGCCGAACAGGAGCUCCACGCACACAGAACACGGCAGGUAGUGCCAGUACUGGUGGUGGCCCACAAUCUCAGCCACCGCCAGGACAAGUUCUCCGCCGUACAGGACCACCUCGCUCGAACACAUCGGGCUAUCAAUCGCAAUCGCAAGGCGGAAGGAAAGGUCCACCACAGGGUGCCGGCUUUGGUGCAGGAAGAGCUGGCACGCGAAACACACAGCAGCAGCAACCUCGACAAGGAGGAGCACAGGGCAAUCUCCGCAACCGCACCGAUCGUCGCAUCCGACGAGCAGAGAAGCGCGAAGUGACCGAGGCGGCCGAGGAGGAUGAUGAUGAUUUGGACAUCGACGCUAAAGUCGAAGAGUAUAUCAAGUCCAGCAUCGACGCUCCCGUCAACCCGACCGAAGAGAUCGCCCACGUACCGGGCCAAGAAAUGUCGAUCGAGACGCUCCGCGCAGACUGGCCCAACACACCCCUGUCGGGAACCGGUCUGACGGAGUCCGUCCAGCAGCGCAUCGAGUGGCUGGCGCACCGCAUCCCCCACGGCUAUCAGACGCCCAUGCAACUCGCGGAGCGGUAUUACAAGGGAUACUUCACGCGAUUCGAGUCGGAGGAGGAGAAGGAGGAGGUCCUAGCCCUGGCUGCGGAGAUGGCCCGCAAGCGCGCCGACGAAGUCACAGAGAGGAAGAGCGUCGAAGCCGAACUGAAAGACAUGUCUUUCGAGGAUGUUGCGUCCAGAUCCGAGGAGCGUAAGGCUUUGGCCGAGACAUAUGUCAGGGGCAAGUACCCGGAAGUCGAGAAGCAGUCGAUGCCAUUCUUGGACCAGGUGGUGAGAAAUCUGAACAACAACGAGACAUACAAUGACUUGCAGGCGGAGCAGUUCAUGCAGACAUUGCAGAAGUUGGUUCCUACACAGGGCGGCCGCUCGCAAAAGGGGGCUUAA